UGUGCUCUGUUAUCUGUGGAUGAAACUGGCUCCAAGAAGGACCGAGAUGGACGGGUCACUAAUGAUAUUCAAUUACAAAGAUUUGAAAAGUGCAACUAAGAACUUCUCGCAGAAAAUUGGAGGUGGGAGUUUUGGUUCAGUGUUUAUAGGCUAUCUGAGUGAUGGGACGCAUGUUGCCAUUAAGAGGCUAGAGGGACAUAGUCAAGGAGAGAAGCAAUUCAGAGCAGAGGUGUCCACCAUCGGAACAAUACAACACAUCAACUUGAUCCAACUACGAGGAUUCUGCGCACAAGGAUCUAGGAGAUUAUUGGUGUAUGAAUAUAUGUCCAAUAGUUCCUUGAAUUUUCAUUUAUUUCGAGAAGGUCCUGACUGUUUGAGCUGGAAAACAAGAUACAAUAUCGCACUUGGAACGGCUAGAGGGAUAGCUUAUUUACAUGGAAAUUGCAGAGAGUGCAUAAUACAUUGUGACAUCAAGCCGGGAAACAUACUUUUGGACCAUGACUUCAGCCCAAAGUUGACGGAUUUCGGGUUAGCAAAGCUAAUGAGUCGGGAAUUCAGCCGUGUUUUAACUACCAUUAGAGGAAGCAUUGGGUAUCUAGCACCAGAGUGGCUUUCUGAUGAGGCCAUAACCACCAAAGCAGAUGUAUAUAGUUAUGGAAUGACAUUGCUAGAACUUAUCUCAGGUAGGAGAAAUGCAGACUGGGAAAGAGGUUUCUUCUUCCCUGCUGAAGUGUUGGUGAAAAUGAUGGAUGGCAAGGAUCUGGCAAUGUUGGACCCUAGGCUUAAGGGUGUCGCUGAUGUGGAGGAGGUAGCUCGUGCUUGUAGGGUGGCAGGUUGGUGUGUGCAAGAGGAGGAGGGAUCUAGGCCGACCAUGGAACAGGUGGUCCGUGUCCUGGAAGGCGUAGUAAACGUGGAUAGGCCUCUGUUAUUGAGGACCCUUGAGGUGUUUGAGUACAACUGAAGGGUAAUUGUAUGGUUAGUUAGUUGAUUCAGAUGUGUUGAGGUGUGGAAGGUGUUGAGAUUAAGAAGGCCCCUAUGAUAUGAAGAAAACUAGGACAACAUCUCUGUAAAAAUGGGGG